AUGCCCUUCAUUGAGGACCGUGCUAUAUCAUGGGAAGAAUGCGCCAGCUUUGUUAAAAGAGACAUCUCAAAACUUGAGCGGGCUAUCAGAGAGGGCAAGGAUAUCGCGCUUGACGAUUCGUUUCCGAUAAGAUCGCUCAUCAGCACUUUUAAUGGGUACGGGCCAUCCAGCGGGCGUCCAAUUGAGGACGUACAUGGCGUGUCUGGAGAAUUCCGGCUAGCCAUAUGCCUCGAGCAUAGCAUCAGCCUGGUGGUUUCAAGUCUGAUCCAGCUCUACUAUCGGAAUAGAGAUCUGGUGUAUGAGCUGGACGAAAAGGCCGCAGACAUCAAGGCUGCUCAAUCAAUACUUAAAACUCUCGUCAUCUUCAUUGGGUCCUACCGCAGCCAUUUCGAACAACACGGGGCAAAAUACGAAGCAGUCCGAAGAGACUGCGACAGAAUCUAUAUUGGAUGGCAUGACCAGCGAGCUCGGCGGUCAGAGGCCGUGAGAGAGGUGGUUUUGGAAGAAGUCGUCAUGGAGCAAGGAGUUGUGAGGGACAUGGGAAUACAACUGGUUAAAAUCCGAACAAUGAUUCAGACAGGCGAUUUAAGUCCGGGAGUGUGA